CUUCUAUUUCACCAGGAGCGACGACUCUCUCUCUCUCUCUCUCUCUCUCUCUCUCUCUCGCUAACGAAGGGUAUUCCAUGGCGGACCUGCUCAGCGACGAUCAGAUCUCUGAAUUCAAGGAGGCCUUCAGCCUUUUUGACAAGGACGGCGAUGGUUGUAUCACUACCAAGGAGCUGGGAACUGUGAUGCGAUCACUGGGGCAGAACCCCACAGAAGCUGAGCUCCAGGACAUGAUAAAUGAGGUGGAUGCAGAUGGCAAUGGAACAAUAGAUUUCCCAGAGUUUCUUAACCUUAUGGCGCGUAAGAUGAAGGAUACAGACUCUGAAGAGGAGUUGAGGGAGGCCUUCAGAGUGUUUGACAAGGAUCAGAAUGGCUUCAUCUCAGGUGCCGAGCUUCGUCACGUCAUGACCAACCUAGGUGAGAAGCUCACUGAUGAGGAGGUUAAUGAGAUGAUCCGGGAGGCUGAUGUUGAUGGUGAUGGCCAGAUCAAUUACGAGGAGUUUGUCAAAGUCAUGAUGGCUAAAUAAGGGGAAAAUAUCAAUCCUCUUUUCAUCAUCUUAUGCUGGUGCCUCAAUCCAAAGGUUUAUUUUAGUUGUGGAAAAAACUAAAAAGGGUUUGGUUGUUUGUGCUACAUGUUAAUUCCCUUUUUUUGGGGUCUUUUCAUUUUCAAGAUUUAUGAUAUGGAAUUUUAUCUAGGAUCUGUUUCUGUCA